AUGGCGGCUUCUUCCUCGUCAUCGCAAUCAAGGUAUCAGGCUUUCAGCCCUCUGCUCUCUAUUGAGCCAUCGUCUGACGUUUUGUUGGACUCGGAUAUUCAGUCUUCUCCUUUCACCGAAUCCCGCGAGAGCUACGACAUAAAUACUCGAAGACCUCCGGCGACGCUAAGACGCGUGGGACCUCAACGCAGAAAGAACUGGAUUUUGUACGAGUUAUACCUGGAGAGAGAAUUUUUAGGAUGGUGGGAGAAAACCGAAUAUGGCCACAAGCUAAACGGGGACGGUCAGUCCCAAAUCAAGUGGUCUACCGAGUCGCGUCAUGCCGACGCUUGGAAACACUUUGACCAGGUAGCCGAUAUCGAUUCUGGGCGCCCACGAGUCCUUUGUAAAGCCUGUCUUACUUUGCUUGAUCAUCCACAGUACAAAGGCAAUGGGACAAGUGCUAUGAGUAGACACCAAAAGUCAAAUUCUUGCCGCAAGGGAAAGAAAAGAGGAUCUCAUCAAACACUAAUCCCCGAUUCGUUGCAAAACCAUUCCAUGAGGGAGUCGGCCAAUGUGCACAAGGUAACAACAUUCCAACUUGAGGAGCAGUUGUUAAAGACUAUUACCUGUCUUCGGUUGCCAUUCCAAACAGUGGAGAACCCUGUGUUCCAGAGGCUGCUUAACCUCGUAAAUUCGGGAACUGGAGUACUGGAACUUCCGUCAGCAAAAACCCUGCGAAGGCGACUCCGGAAUGCAGUUACAUAUUCUAUUUGCCACGAGGAUACUUCGAAAAGGUACUGUGAAUACUUGAGAGCGUGUUUCACGCAGUAUCAACAACAAAAUCCUGAGCUAUUGUUCCGUACAGUGCAUCGUUCGUCGGCACUGCAUAGUUCAGAACUUGAUCGGCUACUUGAACCAGUUAAUGACUAUAUGCUCCUCGAAGGGGUAGAGCAUGACGAGGUGGAUCGGUACCUCCGAGAA